AUGUCCUUGCCAACAGGUCGAAUAUGGAAUACCAAAAAGAGGAAGAGGGGUGAGGCGCUGGAAGUUAGCUUAACAGAGGAUGACCAGAAACUACGUCAGUUAAGUAAAAACAAGAGAACACGGGCAUUACAAUAUGAUUUCGAAUCGUCAAAUCUCGGCAUUCGUCAAACCCGCUUUGAUGCAAGUGUUUUCGACGAGCUGGAAGAAUUCUCAUUGACGAAUAAAAAGUUGGAACGAAAAGGAGUACAGGGGGGCGCUUUAGUAAAUAGUUACGCACAGAAAAAAGUUCUUGAAUAUACCGAAGGUAAUAUUCCAGGUUCUCUGAGGAAAUAUUGGAGGCAACGUUUUGAUUUAUUUAGUCAUUACGACGAAGGGAUCCUUAUGGACGAAGAAGGUUGGUAUUCGGUCACUCCUGAAGCCGUUGCAGCGCAAAUCGCCGAACGCUGUCGUUGUGACAUAAUCGUUGAUGCAUUCUGUGGGGUUGGUGGAAAUGCCAUUCAAUUUGCCAACACCUGUCGCAGAGUAAUUGCAAUUGAUAUCGACGAGACAAAAUUAAUUUGCGCGCGAAACAAUGCAAAAAUUUAUGGUGUGUAUGAUCGAAUCGAUUUCAUUUUGGGAGAUUACUUCAAGUUGAUUCCUAAACUGAAAGCCGAUGUGGUGUUCCUGAGCCCUCCCUGGGGAGGUCCAUCUUACAUCUCAAAGAAAAAUUUUGAUCUCAAAACGAUGAUGGUUUUGGAUGGCGAAAAAUUAUACCAUGAGACGACCAAAAUUACAAACAACAUCGCGUAUUACGUUCCUCGAAAUGUGGACCCUCAGCAACUUGCAGACUUCGCCGGUCGAGGUAAUACUUGUGAAGUACAACAAAUAUAUGUGGAAGGAAAAUUUAAAACUCAGGUGGCUUAUUAUGGGGAACUAAAGUGUAAGGAAAAUUAA